AUGUCUCAAACAGUUGCCGGGUGCACAAUACUCAAAAUCCCACUGAAGUACUCGUACUUUACCAUAUCUGGACCUGACCAUGAAAAUUUCAUUUUUGAUUACGUCCCUAGCAAGUUGGAGUAUAGGAUAUUGACCGAAGAUGUCAAGCAAAAGAUCAAUUCGUCUAUGUUGGGUUCUUUUCAAGGAUCAAAUACCCUUUUGUUGGACAAUGAGAUGGUCCUCACGAGAAAAGUUGCUGAACUUAAUGUUGAAUAUAACCAUGGUCAGCAAAUUUUUGUAUCUCUUGAUCGUGAUAUUGACAAACAGCUGAUGGUGGUUUCAUUUAUUGGAGGAUUAGAAAACUCCAAAAACCUAGCAUUGGUCAAAAACAAACUUCUAAGUUCCUAUUUUGAGUAUAAAAGGGAUCGAAUAGAGCUGUCUGCUGAUACCCACAGGUUUCUGUUUUCAAAUGGGGAAGUUCAAAGUGUCAGGAACACUUUCAGAACAAUCUUGAUGGAGCUUGCAGACUACUGUAAUGUCUACAUCUCAAUCCUAUACAAAAACACCAAAACGUGUUCCUUAAAUGUAAUUGGGAAUUCUGAUGCUGUGGAUUUAGCACUUAAUAAGAUCAGAAUAGCCAUAGACGGUAUCAAUCCCGACAAGGUGAUAGACUACGUUUCCCUGGAACAUGCCUCACUUACUCCUCUUUUAGGAGGGCUAGAUUUUUUUCAUUUCAAAAAGAUCAUGCAGGAGACAAUGUGUACCAUCUACCUUCCAAACCUGCUACCACAGUUAUUCAACUUCAAAAGCCCUUCGGAGGCCAAAAUUUACAUUACAGGAAAUGAAUUGUACGUUAGUAUGGCAAAGAAUGCCAUAAAAAAACUUCUGGAUCAAGUGAAAGGGUUUAUAUACCUGAAAGAGGUUAUGAUCAAAUCGGUUAAACGUGAUCUACUGAUCUUGGACAACAAUAAACUGUUUCUUGAAAAUUUGAUUCGAAAGACUGGAUGUUUCAUUCAAAUUCCUACUUUGGGUGUUUCAGAAAACUACCAUGAUUCGUUGGUUGACAUUAUAAGAAUUCAAGGCUCUUCAGCUAAAAUGGUAGAAGAAUGUGGGAAAUUAUUGAUGGAGUUUAUUACCUCCUACUAUCACUGUAAUUAUACAGUUACCACCCAACUUCCCACAGGGGAAAAUGAUGUAGUUGAGAAGGUCUUCCACUGCCUACAGAAAAUAGCAGUUUCCCAGGACGCUGUUGUCAGUGCAACUGUAAACCCUGAUAUUGCCAAUAAUUUGAUCCAUUUGAAGUUCCAGGUGAACUCCAAAGCUGCAAAAAUCAGAAAGACAAUUCCAAUAUUACAGAGCCUUCCUUUGUUACUAGAUACCAAGUUCUUGAAACAACAAGUUCAAUUCCACCUUGAGCUAUCUAAUGAAGAAAGGGUUUUCAUAGAGGGAAAGAAAAAUGGAAAAUUGAUGAAGAUUAUGCAAAAGUCUAAUGUUGCAAUUAAAUUAUCCCCAUUCAACGAGCAUAACUUGAUUCUCCAGGUCAUUUGUGAAAACAUCAGUGAGUCUUUGAUAGGAUUGAAACUUCUAGAAGAUGAACUUCCGAAAAUAGUGACCUUCAAUGUCCCUGAAUGCUUCCACAGACAAAUUAUUGGAGUUGGAGGAUCAACAGUUCAGACUAUCAUGAGAAAGCAUAAUGUGUUUAUCAAGUUUUUCAACAGUGUGGAGCAUGGAAAAUCGCCGCCAUCGUUCCCCAGUGCAUUUGUAAGAAAAGAUAAUGUUGUCAUUAAAUGUCCCUCAAAGAAUAAGGCUGGAAUUCCAGAGGCUAAGGUUGAGCUUCAGAAUUUGGUUGAAAAAUUCAGCAAAUGCACAUACCUCAGAACUUACUUGAAGCUGACAAGAUCCCAUUGGAGGUUGCUGACUGAUGUCACAGAUCCUUUCCAUAAGACAUUGGAAACUACUGACAUGAUUUCAGAUUUGGAAAAAAAGACUAAUACGUUUGUGAAUUUCCCCAUUGACGAACCCAGCCCCAUUUUUGAUCUGGAAAUAGCGGGCUUGGAAAACAACUCAGAGUUGAGUGCCAAUUCCUUGUCCACGAUUCUCCCAGUUGAUCAUGAAUUUAAAAUUCAACCUCAUCAAUCUUGGAGUCAAUUACAAAAUGCUGACCAGCGGGAGCUACCUUCCCCUGGAUCUAUUGGAUAUUGGUAUUUAGAGAGUGUUGUUUUACCACUAAAACUCUUGAAUGUUGAAGUGCAAAUAUUCCCGUCUGAAAUUCAAGACGAGAAUGCAGACGCUCAAAUGGGGGCAAACUCAAUCGUAUUGAGUUACUUUAAAACGGUUGAUGAUUCAACAAGCUCUAAAGUAAGCAAAGCACUUGAAAUCUUAGAGAAUUUCUUAACGAAGUAUGGCUUCGAAAUCAUGGCUCGACUUAUAAGAGAUCCAGCAAGCUAUAUUAUCCAUAAAUCGAAAGGACAAGUGGAUUACAAAGAAGUUAAAAGUAAUGUUUUAUACGAUCAUAACGUGCCGUUUGACAUGGAGUUUAAGGAGAAAGUAAAAGCUUUCCCUAGUUAUUAA